UGCCGUUCAUUUGUUGAUUUUUUGCUGCAUUGUUGAUGUUUGCCCCGCCAUCCUUCCCUUGGCACACCGUGUGACGCGUGUGUGCAGAUGCAGUAAAAUAAACAAUUAAGGAACUUUAAAGCUGACUGCCGCUUCUGAAAGCAUUGGAAUGUACGCAUUAUAGUACAAGCUACCGGAAGCGAUCGGAACGAUCGCACUACUUGAACCACUUGUGUAGUUGGAAAAUGUUUCCACAACGUGUGGUGGUGGAAAACCGUGCAAAUACCCGUUACCCGUUAACACAAAUCUAUACAAUCGAACGGAACGGGACCCAUACCCCCUCAGUGUGAAGCGCAAAGCGAACGGAUCGAUCCAAACCGUAGCUAAAUUGCAUUUAAUGUUAACCUUCGAACUAGCUGGCUGGCUGGCAGGCUAGUGGUUGCAACAAGUGCACCGCAGUAUAGGUCUUGCUGGUAAGCCUCCAAUGUUGGCCGUUUUGCUAGAAAGGCACCGAGAAGCACAAUAGAGCGAAUGGCAGCAAAAAGGAAAAUUUAAUACCUAAUCGAACGUUCGCGGCAUCGUGAGAGAUCGUGAGCAGUGUUUAUCAUCGUUCAGGAGCGUGCCGCCAAGCGAUUGAUAUUCGAUUACAAGUUGACGAGUUUUAGUGGGUGAAGGAAAAUUGAUAACACACACCGUACGGAAGCAAUCGAGCUUUUCCGCCUACAGCAGCGGGCAAAGCGUGCGCACAUCCGCCAAGUGUUUUAGUGUGUCCGGCAUAAUGCCUCACCGGGAAAGCUCACCGGAAGCAAAGGUGAAAUAAGAUUGUAACCGUUGGCAGGAUGGUGAUCCUCUGCCCUGUGUGGUGGAAGCGUUUAUAGUGCGUGCGUAUGCUGAGUUUGUCACCAUCUUGUGGAAAGCAAUGUGUUAUCGUCGCGGUUUUGCGCAUUCUUUACCCGCCAUUCAGGCAAAGGAUGAAGUUUGUUGGCUAACAGCAAGAGUUUGCUCGUUCUCGGUGCAUCAAGCAGUUGUGUUCGGUGCAAAAUGAUUGCUGCCUCACAAUGGCUCUACCGUUGCGUUAGAUGUGUAUGCUACCUCGCUCCGAUAUGUGAAGGAAGUGCAGUGGAAGCUUGAAGUGUCUGCGCUGUGUGUAUGUGUAUUGCAUUUUAUGACCGGUUUCUCCCUGCGAUUGUGCGAUAUAACGAUAGAGUAAUACGAGCCAUAACAAAACACACGGCUACACGGAACAUAAAACAAAAAUAAUCGGAGAAAGUGUUAAGUAGGAGCGUGUGUGUGUGUGUCUGUGUGUGUAGGCGGUGUACAAACCCGGGCAAGUCAUGCACAUAGCGUUAUAGAGUUGUUUGUUGGAAAAGUGAAUUUUCUAAAAAUAAUAGGUAAUAAAUGACCGAUAGAAAAUUGCCAAUUAGUCCAUCGGAACAGGCCACGGCCAACCAUAGCCCGCUCCUGCACCAGCACCAGCACCAUCACCAGCAGCAUCUUCAUCAUCAACAGCAGCAGCAGCAGCAGCAUCCUGCUCACAGCAAUCAUCAUCUGCAGCAGCAACACCUGAGGCGUGUUGCAGGUGAACAGCAGCAGCAUCACGGCAUUGCAACCACGGCCGGUAUUGGCGAAACGCUUGCUGGUGGCGCUGGUGAAGGGCCAGUCGCUGGAGGUGGCAGUGGCCCAGUUCCGACGGCUGCACCGGCACCACCACCCCGAGGUACGUCAUCGUUGAGUUCUGGCCAUCAUCUGCAGGCCGGUGCCGCCGUCGUCGCGCUGGCGAGCGUCAACAGUAGCACCGGCAGCAUCGGCAACAGUCUGGGUGGUGGUGGGCCCGUCGGCAGCAACCAUGCAACCGGCACGACCAGUACGGCGGUCACCAGCAACAGCACCAAGCACGCGAACAUGCACCGUCUGAAGCACACUAGUUCGCUCACCACUAGCAUCUAUCCAGAGCUUUACGAUAAAGGCAAUCGAUUAUCUCAUUCAAGUGAUACCAGCCAGGCUGACACCAUGACUUCCGUAACGAGCUCCUCACUAGACUCGGAUGAGGUAGAUCUCUCCGGUUUGGUGGAAUCGGUAGUCGAUUCUGAUGAAGAGGACAUUGCUGAAAGUAUAGAUAGCUUAAGCGUUCGGGAUACGGUGCGCGAAUGUUUGGAAAAGGAUCCCAGCGACAGAACGGUGGAAGACAUCGAGAUCUUGCUCGAGUUUACGCAAAAGCUGAAAGCGUUCACCAACAUGACAUUCGCAGUGCGUCGAGCUCUCUGUUCAGUGAUGGUGUUUGCGGUGGUGGAGAAAGCCGGUACGGUCGUGAUGAACGAUGGCGAAGAGCUGGACUCUUGGAGUGUACUGAUCAAUGGACAUGUGGAGAUCGAGCAUAGCACGGGGGAGGUGGAAUAUCUGCACUAUGGGGACAGCUUCGGCAUUAUGCCGACGAUGGACAAACUGUACCAUCGGGGCGUAAUGCGUACCAAGUGCGAUGACUGUCAGUUCGUGUGCAUCACGCAGACGGAUUAUUAUCGAAUACAGCACCAGGGCGAAGAAAACAUACGCAAGAUCGAGGAAGACGGUCAGGUGGUGAUGGUGACUGAGCUGCGCAACACCACCGGAGAGAAUGGUUCGCGCAAGGGUUACGUCGUUAUACGCGGUACGUUGGAGCGGCUGAUGCAUCAGCUGGUAGAGGACACGACUCUGACGGACCCCAACUAUGUGGAAGACUUCCUGCUCACAUUCCGAACUUUCAUCAACAAUCCAAUCGACAUUUCGAAGCAGCUGCUGAAGUGGUUCAACGUCGACAGUAGUGGAGCUAGUGAGGAGAGCGCAGGAGGUUCGAGUGAUCUAGUCGAUGGUGCAGCGGCAUCGAUCUCGCAUCACUUUUCCUCAUCGCCAGGGGACAGUGUGCUGUGCGAUCGGGUGACGCGUGUUGUUCUGCUGUGGGUAAACAAUCAUUUCACGGAUUUCGAUACCGAUCCGCAGAUGAUGGAGUUUUUGGAAAUAUUCGAAUCCGCACUGAUGAAGAAGAACAUGGGCGAGCAGCGGCAAAUGUUGCACGUGUAUGCGCAGCAUAAUGCUCGGGAAAGAAACGUUACGCUAGCGCGCAGCUCCCGGGACGAGGAUCUAAACUUCCAGAUUUCCACCGGCCCUGGCGGUAUCUUUAUAACGCAGGUCGAACCGAAAACGAAAGCGUACGAAGUGGGGCUCAAGCGAGGAGAUCAGAUACUGGAGGUGAAUGGACAGAGUUUCGAGCAUGUGACCUGUACGCGAGCGUUGGAAAUUCUAAUGGGCACUACCCAUCUCAGUAUUACCGUCAAGAGCAAUCUGUGGGCGUUGAAGGGCAUGCAUUCGAAUGCGGACGGUGAUUCGGGUAAGAUGAAAUUAGAUCUAAAGAAAGGCCUCCGGGUGGAUCUGCUGCAGUCGCAAAAAUCGCUCGAUCUCGUGGACAAGGUUGGUGGCCUGUUGCCUACGCCACAGUUCCUGAUGCCACUCCCGGUACGAGACAUCGAGUACGGGCGAAAAGACUCCGGCGUAUCGACACCGUCCUCAUCGUCGCAGAUCAACAACAACAAGGGUGGCAGUUUCAUGACGCUCGGUGGUAAGAAGCGCAUCCAAAAGGCACUGAUCAAGAUGAACCUACUGCCAAAGAAUAGCGUCUUCCAGGAUGACAAUAUUAACAACAAUAACAACAGCAGCAGUAACAACAGUAGCAACAGCAGUAGCAGUGCCAACAAUGGCAACAGUAACAAUGGAAGCAACUACGAGGGAGGCAGCGAUCGGUCAUCGGGCAUAAGUGUGAACUUUUCCUCACAGGCAUCGUCCAUAUCGACAUCCUCGAUAACGACGGCGGACUCGGACGAAACGCCACCGACCUCCACUUACCAGAGCAAUCCGGAUCUGCGAGAGAACCACUGCACACCGGCUAAGGCACAGUCGACGGAAGCGAUCAUCCCGACGAAGACGAGCAGUACGUACCUGGAGGAGCAACGCGUAAGCGAUUUUCCCGAGCACAUCCUGAAGGUGUAUAAGUCGGACCAAACGUGCAAGUAUCUGCUAGUGCACAAGGAAACGACCGCGCACGAGGUGGUAAUGCUGGCGCUGCAGGAGUUCGGUAUACACGAUCCAAGUUCGAACUUUUCGCUGUGCGAGGUGAGCGUUGGUGAAGGCGGUAUGAUCAAGCAGCGCCGUUUACCGGACCAGCUUCAGAAUCUUGCCGAACGGAUUGGUCUUAGUUCGCGCUAUUAUCUGAAAACGAAUGGCAUCACCGAGACGCUCGUACCGGACGAUGUGGCGCCCGAGCUGAUACGCGAGAGUGCCGUGCACUUUUUGCAGCUGAACGCGAAUGAGCUCGCGAUACAGCUGACGCUGCAGGACUUUGCCAUCUUCCGGCAGAUUGAGUCAACGGAGUAUAUCGACGACCUGUUCAACCUGAAGAGCCGGUACGGUAAACCGAUGCUGGUGCGGUUCGCCGAACUAGUCAAUCGGGAAAUGUUCUGGGUGGUGACGGAAGUGUGCAGCGAGCACAACAUGAUGCGUCGCUGCAAGAUCAUCAAGCAGUUCAUCAAGAUUGCUCGGCACUGCAAAGAGUGCAAGAACUUCAACAGCUUGUUUGCGAUCAUAAGCGGUCUCGGGCACGCUGCUGUGAGUCGGUUAAGGCAAACGUGGGAAAAGCUACCGUCGAAGUACCAAAAGCUUUUUAACGAUUUGCAGGACUUGAUGGACCCGUCGCGGAACAUGUCCAAGUAUCGGCAGCUGAUACAGACGGAGCUGAACGCGCAGCAACCCGUCAUUCCUUUCUACCCGGUAGUAAAGAAGGAUCUUACCUUUAUCCAUCUGGGGAACGACACGAAGAUUGAGAGUUUGAUCAAUUUCGAGAAAUUGCGCAUGAUUUCUAAGGAAAUUCGCACGCUGCUACACAUGUGUAACUCGCCGUACGACAUACUGACAAUGCUGGAGUACAAAUGCCAACCGCCCAGUUCGGCCAUGCUUGCACUCAAUCAAAUGUCGGUACCGUCUGGAAGUGGCAAUCUGAUGCUCGUCACGCACGCUCCACCACCGCAAACAAUCACUUCGGGGGCGUCUGCUUUUGCGCACAGUCAGACGGUUAAGCGAAGAAAGAAAUCGACCGCGGCUCCAAAUCCGAAGAAAAUGUUCGAAGAAGCGCAGAUGGUGCGGCGGGUAAAGGCGUAUCUGAACAACAUGAAAGUCAUCACGGACGAGGACGAGCUGCAUCGGUUGUCGCUCGAGUGUGAAGCACAGGGAGGUACCACACCGAACACAGUGCAGGUUCGCAAACGCUAUCCAUCUCCAACGCUCUCGACGACAUCGAGCACCAGCUCGACCAGCGAGGGUAAAAAAGGGGCACUCGGUCUGGGCAUGAGCAGCUUAUCAAUCGGCAGUGCAAGCAGUGGCAAUAGUGGGGCACCGAAGUUUGGUGCCGCAUCACCACAAGCUGUGAAGAAGCUGCUCUCUCUAUCGGAGCAGACUAAAACGCGCCCUCACCAACCGCGACAUCCUGCGGCGGGUUCGAUUUUACCGCCUCCGUUAAGCACCAUCCACCAUCACCAUCACCAGCAUCAUCACGGUGCAAUGUCUGGACACUUGAACAGUACGCUCUCUCACUUCCAUCACGCUCACCCACCCACGAACUAUCUGCAUCACGGGACGGGUAUUACGAUCAGUCCCUCGCAAUCCCCGGCGCACUGUUGCGUUGGAGCUACAGGAGCCGGCGCUGGAGCGGGCAGUGUCUCGACAAGCGCGGGCGUGAUGGGACCACCGCAAUAUCCUCCUCCAUCUGCACAUGCAGCCGGAGGUUAUACGUCAGGAGCCGGUACAACCGCCGGUGUCCAUUUGGCAGGCAUGCUGCCGAAUCCUCCAAACUAUAGCGCCACCAUGUCGAUGUAUGCGAACGGCCGGCCGGUACUGGCCAGCCGGAUACUGGAAAGUUCUGUCGAUGCACCUAGUCAAAUGCCACCACCGAUGGAACUGCCGCCGGAGAGUAGCUCCUUCCGAAGUCCACCGAACUAUGCUCAAACGGCACAUCGAAGAAUUGCCAGCAGUAAUAGUACAACCAUUCCACCGCCCUAUCCAACUCCUCACCAAAACUUCGGCAACUCAUCCCGUAUCAUUUCGGCCGUGGGCAUCUCGCCGAUCGCUCCGAACUUUGUAGCACCGGCCGUGAAUGCGUUAUCGCCCAUGUACACCGGGAACAGUGGGGGAGGAGGAGGAGGAGGUGGCGGGACAUCAGUAAGCUCCUCCGGAAGUGUCGUUGGUGGUGGUGGUGGUGUGUGUUCAAACUUACCACCAGCAAUACCGGCGCGAUUACACGAAACCGUCGUUUCAUCGGGGCUUGUCGAUUCGGUACCACCACCAUUACCUCCGCCAAGCAUAGACCUGUCGGCAGAAAGCAGUUCCGUUAGCGUGUUAAGCAGUGCUGCUUCUGAACUUGUUGCAGGUGAUGCCAAAAUGGACGAUGGAGCGUGUGGUGAUUCCGUUGAGACGGACUGUCUGGGAACGAUUUCAACCGAUGUUUAAGCAUCAGAUCGUCAAGAGCUUACGUAGGAUGGAAGGAAGCAUACAUAGAAGAAUGUCCAGCUAUAUUUUUCUCUACAACAAAGAGUUGAUAAGAAAUCGCAAAUUCCAUUUGACAAACAAAUAAGGACAAGUAUUUAUCCAAAGCAACCACAACCACUCAACCGUAACUGUGGUAUCGUUAAUUGUAUUUGAUGGUCUAUUGUUGUUGAACUAAUCACAUUAAUGUUUAAAAACUGAAUGUUGCAAAAAAACACGGCGAAUAGAACUCGUACACAGAAAAUGGGGUAAUGUUAGAUACAGUCUCAUCAAAUUCCAAUACCAACAACAUCGAGACGCUUCUGUUGACGUUCUCUUCCGUGUAUUGGGAAAGCGCUGGACAGCUUUUUCCACCGUUCACACAAAGAUGAUUACAGUUCUUUAUUGAGUCACUUUUUAGACGCAUUUACCACUGUAGAAAGAAGAAAGAGUGUGUUCUAUUGCACAAUGAUAUUGAUAGACAAAGUAACUGGUAGAAUUUACUUUCGCGAUAAACCGUUACGAAAGUCUCUCUCUCUCCUUCUCUGGAACCUUUUGUGCCCAAAAUCGAGAAAAAAUAUGACAAACAAACUAAUUUCCAUCCCAAGACUGAUGAUAAAGCAAAGCAGAUGAAUGCAUAUUUUGUAAUCAUGUAAAUGCAAUCUCCGUUCUCCCUUUUUCCCUGCCACCACCCUCACAAACACAUCUUUAUUAAGACACAAUCUAAUCAAUGCGCACUGCAUACAUUAAGAGGAAAUAUAAUUAAUGUGUGUACACGUUCCUUAGGGAAUGGAAGAUUUAUAAUAUUGAUUGUUGCAUUUCUCUUCCACAAAGAGGACUAACAUGGAUGGGGUGUCUCCUGGUUUGUGUGCGUGGGGGGGAUUGUGGUACCGGUGAGGUAAGGAGAAAAGCAUGGAAUAGUUUGUUUACUUGAUGUAUUUACAUGAAGCCAUGUACCUUGAAGAUAUUAAAUGUUAAACAUUAACUAAAGCAGGAUCAAAACCAUAUUGUAGCUGUAACUGUUGCCGUGUGAUUAAACUACAAUCACAAUGAUAUACAUUCACAUCAAAAUAAGUAACUUUAGCCAUUCUAUCUCACGUAUGAAUCGUUGUUCCACUCUGACCAAUCGUAUAUAAGGUAAUGUAAACAUUUGCUUUACUGCUGAAUUUUACCAAAAAAAUCCGCGUGUGUGUGUUUGCCUUUUUUAACUUUAAAUUGAACUAUUCUCUCAGUAAGGUUGAUUUUUCGAUUCAAUUUAUGGAACAUUUCAGUCAGGUGAAGAUGGUUGUGUAGUUUAUUAAACCAUUUAAUGGAAUAUAUCAACCAAAUUGGAGGAAGCUUUUGGUUCGAUCAAAACGACAGCUAAAAAGACGAUUGCGUAUAAUGAUGAGUUACCUACUUGUUGAGCACUCUCUCAUGAGUUCCCGGAAAAUAUUGUUACAGCGGUACGCGAUAGGUCACUCAUGCGGAGCUUUCGUCAAGCGUGAGUUUUCCCGCAUGGCCAUCACAAUUAACAGUUUUUUUUAUCAUUUCCAAUGUGGAAAUCGGAAAAUAGCAUCCUUGUUGUUCUUCCCGGAAAUAGAUUACAUUAUAUAUGGCUACAAAUUUUACACAACAAGCUUCUUUCCAAUGUUCCUUAAUUAUUUACUUCUUCUUGUAAGAUGUCAGUCAUAGACAGUUCUACUUCUUUGUUUUGAUUUUAUGUUUGAAAAGUAAGAUUAAAGCGCGCAGUAAAAAAAGGGCAGAUUUUAGCGAUUUCCCAUGCGAAUUCCUUGCCCCAUAGUGGGCAUCCACCACCUAGCGAUGAAUCAAUAGUCCAUUAUAGCUAUCCUGCUGUGCACCGACACAACUUGAUAACGUUAUCAGUUAAUGUACACCAGCGACUGUGAAAAGAUGAUUUGAUCGCAGAAUCAGUUCCACUCGGAAGCGAUGAAGUUUGACAUCGGGAGACACUUCUUGUUCACCGGAUAUAAGCGAAUUAAAGUUUUUUUAUUUAUUAUUUCUUCGCGGGAAAGAUGAUAGCGUGUACCAGUUUCGAUUGAGAAUCUAAAACUGAAUAUAAAGGGCAAAGUAACUCUUGGAUCUGCCCGGAGAUUGCAGGAUUAAAUGAAUUUUGUUUUUUAAAUUUCCAUUUAAAAUCAGUUUCUUCUUAACGAAUACGUUAAUUCAGCAUAAAUGAUUCGCUUCUAGCAGUAAUAAGAAUAUAUCUACAGCAGUACUGAUAUCUACCAGGCAGCUAGUAACAACUUUCUAUACUCUUUACAGCGAUAAAUCGCACAAAAAACGUGUGUAACCAUAUAAAUAUGCCUGCCUAAGAGCGAUCAACAAAAGGAACACAAUAUUAAAUGUCGUCAAAAUAAAGAAGUAAACUGCACGAUGAAAUGUUGUUUAAAAUUGUUGUUUAUGUCUUUAAAACAAUCGGCAAUAUCGUACGAUAAUCGUUAGUAGAGUAACGAAAAACAAACAAACAUGGCGAAGAAAACAAAAACAAAACGAAUCACUAGGAAAAACAAGGAGCAAAAUGUGCAAAAUAUUCAAACAUAUGAUAGAAUAGUCGUCAUAAAUAAGUGCUUCUUUUCAUAAGAGAAGAACAACCAACAUACGCAUUACAUUAACCGAUUAUACUGUUGUGUGCAAUGUAUUGUACGAAUAUUGAUGUGUUGAUGCAAUGUUAAGCAUUGUAACCGAAUUGAUACCGGUCUACAGACAAAACAGGGUGGACGUAUGUGAUUCGACUUCGCUUAGGAAUGGAUAGUACACGUGUGGUAAGAAAAUUGUGUUUCUUUCUUUUCUUUAUUAAUAUUGUCUGUGAAUUGGAAGGGAAAAAUGAUUCACGUCAGGAAUAUCAAAAGGGGGAAAAAGAAGUCAAAACUAUUCUCCUCAGAAACAUGAAAAUGGAAGCGUUAUGCCUAUUGUUGGGUUUAUAAAUGGCAAGAUGAGCGCACCAAAAUACUCAGAAGCAAAUACUUUUCACACCGAGGGCAAAUCAAAGGUUUGAUAAAGUUCUACAAACACACAUAAUAAAUGUUUCAUCAAAUAUGUCUCCACACAGCACCGUAUAAGUUGCACAUCAACAUGCAAAAGAAGUACAUAUAUAAAACAACAACAAAAAAAACCCUUUUUGUUCUUAAUGCAACUGUUGCAAUGAUGACAUUAAAUGAAAUUUUUUGUUUUUUUUUUGUUCAGUAUAUUUAAUAUUUAACUGGGAAAGUAUUGGGCAGAAUCCUAUCGAAACAUGCAAAUAUUACGAGAUAAAUAGCAAAAUAAUUAAUUUCAACAGGUAUAUUAGUUGUUUGCAUUAGUAUUGAUUAACUUUUCGGUUCGUUUGUUCAUUGGGCGUGUAAACGAUAAUGUUUUUUUCCACAUUUCCGCGACACAUUCAUACAUUACUACAGCCCAUUGAUGACUGAAAGGUCCGGACGGUGGAGAUGGUAACGAUGCCGGUCAAACACCGACACGUUCCUCUGUACGUUCCCGCAGAACUUGUUUAUUUCGCUGUAGGUUUCAGUGCCACAAAUCUUUCGCAAAGAAAAUGGUAACUGGUGAAUGGAAAGUUCCAUUCAUAGCGUCCGGUUCAGUACUUUUUGCCGUCCAAAUGUUUCGUCAAAAACAAAAUAAUAUGCAAAAAGCGCCAUAACCGUCUCGCGCACAUCUUGCACGCGUUCGGAACGCGUGGCGGCAUGGUGCUGCUGCGAUGCAGCAGAAUACAGAGAACAAGUAGAAAAAAUGGCACGCCAUUUCCGGUCUGCCAUACGUUCUAGCGCUUCUUACCAUGAGUCAUUGAAACAAGAUAACAAAAAUGUUUGAUAAACAAUUGUGAAAUUUUAGCAUCAACAAUCAACAAACGUAAUCAAUAUUAAUGCAAACAUAUCUAAUAAUGCGUUUGCCUCACACACUAGAAACCGAGCUUGCCGCAAAACAGCAUUCGAACAAAGUGUAAGCUCACUAGCUACUUAACACAGCGAUUUCAAAAAAAACAAACAAACAAACAAACAAAAAACACACUAACUAUGCUUCUUUUUCUCU